AUACAAAAGUAGCCCCACUAUAAAAAACUGUAAGAUAUGCGAACGAUCUGUCUACCUGGGUAAUUUUAUGCAUUACUGACUAACGAACAGCGCCACGUCGAUAUAAAACUCACUACCAAGUGGAAUUUCAUAACAGAAGAGAACUGAACAUGCAAGCGAUUUUUAUAUUGUGCACACUCCUUGUAUGCCUGCUUGUAUUAUUGAGAUUAAGUUGGGGCGACGGAGGUUCGGAGAGCCAGGACGUGACCACCACGAAUCCCAAGCUUCUUGUGCACAAGGACUCCCAUUCUUCAUAUGAUUGGUUCAAAGAUGAAAUUAGGAACAGAGCGAAGGAUAAUGAUUUGAAUGGCAUCGCUGAACAAGAACUUUUAAAAUCAAAAGCAAGAUUUCAAAAGCUUCUAAAUAUUCUCAGGCGGCAACCAACAAAGGAUAACUAUUCUAAAGAUUUACCCGUUCAAGUUGAUGCCACCAGUGAUCCGUCAAAUGCAGAAGAUACAACCAUCUUAUGUAAUCCAGUUAUUGAUGAAAAUUGCGACCCAGUUGCUAUUGGACCAAGACUAAGCGCCACUCUACUAAAGAUCCUUGCAUAAAUUGACUGAUCCAUAGAUCUACAUUAAUCGGAACUAAUUCAGAAAAAAUUUAUUUAUUUAUAAUUAUUAAGCCAUUAAUAUUACUAAACACUUUAAUAUACAUAUGUAUCGUAAACA